AUGGAGUCAUUGCCAUCUUCCCCGGCAUCAACAGUGCCGUCGGUGCUGGAGAGCAAUGAGGUUGAGGAACGACAGAGCAGAAAUGACGGCAACUCCAACGCGAGCUACGGUGAGGAACAAUUUGAGUCCGAGAGCGAGCACCCAGCGUCUGAUAGCCUAAACUCCAGCAGUAGUGGAAAUUACGCAUCAGAUGAGUUUGAGGUCGACGAACACGAUCAAGAAGCUGUUGGUACAAUUGAACGAAAAGCACUGGGAGGUGGCGUGGACGACGACCAAGUGUAUUCCGAAGACAACGAAUAUGCAGAUGAAUCUUUUGAGGACGAACGAGAAGAUGUCACCGGAUUUGAUAAUCAAACUGAAACACACGACGUUGAACGGCAGCAGGAUGCCAAAAACCAGGAACUCGAUAUUGAUGAGGUGGUACAGCUGAUGCCAACCGUGGGUCAGGAUCUCGACCCACACGUUGGAACUUGGUGCUCGAAGAAGAUUCGAGAGCUGCGAGUUGCGUCUUCCCAGUCUGAGACUAGACGAUCUCGCCGACGCAAUACUAGAAGCAACGUGGACAGGAUUCCCACUGCUGUAGUAGAGAAUUUAAUUCAUCGAGCGAAUAAUGCACGGCCUUCUGGUCGGGCUCAUGAGAAACCAGGCAAUUCUUGGCUGCGUUAUCACCAGCAGCUCAAGGUGCCGGCCUCGUUAAUGCAACGUGUUCAGACGCGAUUGUGGAUGGCAAAGACAUCGUACACAGAGUCCACCAAGGAAUCUACGCCCGAAUCUCUUUCGACGUCAUUACGAUCGGUUGCUGCAACAUUUUGCUCUGUGAAGCGCGACGAUCUGCUCGGACAGUUAGCCACGAUGAAAUUGUCCAAAAAACUGACAAGCAUCCUGGCGCUUAACGACACGAGCUCCAACUUCGCUACUGCUACCGCAACGUACACGGACAUCAACGUUUCGCAACAGCUCUUCGCUAUUCUCAACGAAAUCAUCCCGUCGAAUAUGGUGAAAGCGUUCUCCAGUUCGUCCACUAUGGGGGUUAUCACGUUGGCCAUUUUCUUCGGUAUCGCCGUCGUCAUGAGCCACGAACGCACUCGUCGACAACUCGCGCUAGGUGGGGGACCAGCUGGAACGACCAAGACCGACAUCGACAUUAACCACUUACUUUUGCUCAUUAACCACGGUGGACUAGUGUGUCAACUCAUGAUCAACUCGGUGGUGUCUCUCAUUCCGUUUGCUAUCGUGUCCAUGAUUGCCGGGUCGAUGGCUCAGUACACGUCGUCGAUGGACCUCGUUGAGAGUGUUGGUUUUCUCAUUGUAGCCUUGGCACUGGCACUGAUUACUCUUACGUAUGGCAUCAUGGGGAUGGCGUUGUUCGUGACCACGAGAGUGAAUGUUUUCACGUAUUUGCGCCACAUUAUUCCUGCUCAAGUUUUCAUCUUUGGCUGCUCGUCUUCGAUUGCUACACUACCGAUGACCAUGCGCUGUGUAGACUCGACUCGUGAGGUUUCGUACGCUUUGUCUCGGUUCCUAUUGCCUCUUGGAGCUACGAGUAACCUGAAUGGAAGCGCUUGCUACAUGACGCUGGCCUGCGUCUUCAUGGCUAAAGUGGGCGGUUAUGGAGAUCUGUUGACGCCCUUACGCUACGUUUUGCUGGUGCUUGUGGGUGCGAUCGCAUCGUUCGGUGUGGCUCCCGUGCCUCACUCUGGUUUGGUCAUGGCCAUCACAGUCUGGCACACAGCCUUCAACAUGGACGUCCCGCCCGUGUUUUCGCUGCUGGUGGGCGCCGACUGGCUGCUGAACCGCAUGCGAGCCAUCGUGAAUAUCACGAACGACACGAUCCUGGUGAGGAUCAUCGCGGAUCAGUGCGACGAGACCACCAUUACCGAGCUUGAGCUCGAAGCGCAACCAACGCACCUAACCUAA